CGAUUGAACGGGUGCCGCGGGCCGGGCAGGAUCGACGGGGGCGGCGAUAGUCGCCAGCACAAUGGCAGAGAGGACGUGGACGACGGAUACGACACGCAUGGUGCAAAAAACGCAGCAAGGAAAUGAGUGAAGGGAGAAAGAAAUAAGAUAUAGGGCCUAAGGCGGACUAGCUUGCUAGCCGUUGUGCAGGGAAAAUAAGGAAUGCGUGAUGUGUGGUCUGCUCAGGGCUUUUAUCUCCCUAUACGAUUGCGACUAGAUUGACCUAGAUGACACCCCGUAGAUUCCGUUGCAUUCUUCUGGACAGUUCAUCUUUUACUCAACAUAGCGCUGAAUCGUAACUCCCUUGGCAUGGAUUGAGAAGUUCAGCAUUAUCAUGCAAAGCGGCUGCAUCUGUUACAGCUCAAGACUGAUCAACUCCCGUAUUGAUCACGAACGUUUCAAGGAGUAACAGUUUCAUCCUACGAGAUCGUCGAUGCUCCCACGAUUCUUCCGGGUUGUACAGACACUAGACAUCGAUAUCUGGUGCGGCCGUUACCAUCAGGAAGAGACAGCAGGCGAAUCAGCCAAUCAAUCAUGCCGGUGCUUUGCCGAAAGCUGUGCACUGCUGUGUCUGUCAGUGUUUCUCUCCCGCUCUCGACGACCAUCGAUCCAUCUCUGACGAAGGGACCUCAUCAGCGAGCCCACGCCGCGGUCACAUCGAAGAUGCGGUCGCUUCAAAUCAGAAAGCCCUUCAAAUCAGCAAAUGGGGGAUUGACAACUUGGGAAUCCCUCACAGAUCGUCGCCGCCCUGGAGGGGUGCCAGCGAGCUCUUCGCUCUCUUCGCUAUUCGUUUUUUCGCUCCUUUAUCUAUCUUCUUCCAAUGCCGAGCGCAUUAGUGGCGGCGCCUGUGGCAGCCGGCGUUCUGGUGCUCGCGACGCUUCCGCACCACUGGCGGGUCGGAAACAUCGCCACUCGGUCCAUCAUCGCAUGGCUCCUCGCAUACAACCUCAUCUACGCCGUCAAUUCCACGGUAUGGGCAGGGAACGUGGACAUCGUAGUGCCUGUGUGGUGUGAUAUCUCUACUAAGGUCAAAAUUGGGGCAGAUAUGGGAUUGCCGGGAUGUGUGCUGUGUCUGGCUCGACGGCUUAAUAGAAUUGCACGAGGACUGCCGAGUGCGGGAACGGAUUGGCCCCAUCGAUUGCUCGAUUUCAUGCUAUGUAUGGGGUUUCCAGUGGUCAUAAUGGCUCUUCACGUGAUUGUUCAAGGCCACCGCUUCGAUAUUGUUGAAAACAUCGGCUGCCUCCCCGCGAUCUACAUCUCCCUACCCUCUGUCAUCAUCCUCGACGUCUCCGCAUUCAUUCCCGCUUCGCUGGCGCUGGUUUAUUGCUCAUCUGCGAGUGUCCGACUCUGGCGGCGCCGUCUUGCCUUCCGCAAGGUGGUCGAGAUCUGCGACGAUGGGCUCGCUGACUCGAUGACUGCCCCGCGCUACAUCCGCCUGAUGGUCAUGACGUUCUGCCUCGGGACGUGGAACGCCGUGCUCGUGUCCAUCAGCGCCGCGAACGAGUACAGCGGCGGGCUGCAGCCGUGGGUCAGCUGGGCCUUCGUGCACGACGAUUUCGGGAACAUCGGCCUCUUCCCCGCGGCCAAGUUCUCGCCCGGGGCGAAACACUAUCUCUACAUCCUCUGGUGGGCGGUGCCCAUGUCCUCCCUCUGCUUUUUUGUGUUUUUCGGGCUCGGCGCGGAUGCGAUGCAGGACUAUCGCGGGGUGGUGGCCUGGUUAUUGCGCGGCACGCGGCGGGGGCGGCGUCCAGGUCCCCAGCCCAUCACCAGCACGCUCGAUUUGCUCAAGUCGACUUCGACGUGUGCAUCGGACUCACAGGCUCAGUGUGCCAAUCUGUAUAAGGACUUGCCGCCACUUCCGUAUGACGUUUGAAUACAUGAAUGGACGAAUGGACGGAUGGAUGGAUGGAUCUGGGUGUCGUUGCUGGGAACCAAUGAACUUGCUACGUGAAUAGCUGCGGUCUAGCCCGUACCCACAACAAUGGGAGCCAAUGCUCGCCCACGAUCAGCAGGAUGCUUGAUCUUUGUUUCACUGAUAUCGCCGGAAUCGAGCAGCAGCUGCGACCGAUAGAUUCCCAUUCGAGGCUAUAAUUGUCCAAAACAUCAUAUACUUAUAAACGUUCACACAACGCUGGCCCAUAUCCACUUAUUCGGACCCGUCUGCUUUCGUUCCGAGCUAGUCUCGCUUCUUUGUUUUCGUUCGUUGUUCCAUUCUACUCGACUCUAUGCAGCCCACGUUCCUCGUUGCCGUCGUGCUCUCCGUGGCCUACGCCACGCUCGUGGCCGCAGUCCCGGUGCCGGCCCCGGCUGAGCGUCGCCAAGUCGAGCUGGUCUCACCCGAUCUGGCUGAUCUGUCCGACCUGGUCACUCGCGAUGUGUUCGUCCCGCUCGACCUGGCUUCUGUCGAGGCGCGCGGAGAUGGCCAAUCCAAGUCGGACGAAGCGUCCCAAGCCAAGGGCGACUCCUCGGGACCUGAGGAUGGACAGCACGCGCCGCUUCAGGAAGAGCUGAAGAUUGGGAAGCCGAAAAACCUUUGUGUCAUUGCGUAGUUUGGCUAUAAGUACGGUGGAAGAUCGUGUUCGGUUUAUGCAGAACAGCUACUUAGGGUCCUUUGGGCGCACGUGAUCGAUUGAUUGGCAGCUGGCUGUUGUUUCGUUUCGUACACCUCUUCAUGACCUUCCACGAAGAUCUGCUGCUGAAGCUCUCAAACCCAUCGACACGUGGUGACGAGAAUGAAUCUGUGAGCUCUAGAUGUUUCCAGGGCGUCAGGCCUCCUCAUUGAGGGCUCCAGGACGUCCUUAAGCCAUUCACGUACCUCGAAACCAACCCCGGCAAAGACAUCAUCGUCCGCAUCAUCGAGGCCCUCAAUGCAUGGAUGCUCGUGCCCAAGGAGACGUGUUCCAGGAUCGCGAAAGCUGUAGAUCGGCUGAAGACAGCGAGUCUCAUGUGCGUGUCGGUGUCGCGGUUAGCUCGGAAGCGAGGAGCUCAUCAUGCUGCGCAGGGUGGACGAUGUGCAGGACAGCUCAGAGCUGAGGAGAGGCAAACCCGGUCUGUCUGCGCACUGGUGUGUCUGGUAGAACGCUAGCUCACAGCAUGACCAGCCGCGCACACCAUCUUUGGCAUCCCGCAAACCAUCAACGCUGCGAACUACGUAUACUUUAUCGCAUUCCGCGAGCUCAUGUCCAUCGAGUCACCGCACCUGUCCAGUCUUGAGCUGUUCACCCUCGUCAACGGUACGGCCGCCCAUCUAGCGCCGCGCCUCGUUGCCGCCUGAACACCGCCGCUGUAGACGAAGUCCUGGCUUUGCAUCGAGGACAGGGGCUGGAUAUCCUGUGGCGUGAUUCGUUGGUGUGUCCGACGGAGGAGGAGUACAUCCGCAUGGUCAGCGAUAGUGCGUCCUCCUGCUCGUUAGUCGGUGUUCUCUGCCUGUAGCUAAGGAGAUUGGGUUUCACAGAAACGGGCGGACUGCUCCGGCUCUGUGUGAAGCUGAUGAUGGCAUGUGCUACGAAGAAUAUCGGAAUGUGAUUUACAUCCCUGUCCGCUCUCUUCGACUCGCCAUAGUAAUCCUCUAACGCAGCGAUUACGUGCCGCUGAUCAACAUGCUCGCCGUUUUCUAUCAGAUCCGGGACGAUCUUAUGAAUAUCACCAGCGCAGAUGCAAGUCUCCUCUCGUUCAGACCAUGCCCUAGAGCAUAGACGGCUGAAUUUCCUUACAGUAUACGAAAAGGAAAGGCUUUGCUGAAGAUCUUUCCGAGGGCAAGUUCUCCUUCCCCAUCAUCCACGCGAUCCAGUCUGGCCCUGAGGACUCAACCGUCAUCGGUGCGUGAGCACCCGUGUCGCAACUCACAAUCGGCGCUUACAUCAAUCAUGAAGACGUGCUCGCCGCUCGGCCGCAGACUCCCACUCGCAAACUACGCGUGCUUGCUCAUCUCACAUCGACGUCCGGCUCGUUUAGAUAUACAGUCCAGGCGCUGGCCAGUCUCCGCAAGCAGAUUUUGGCAGAGAUAGAGCGGCUGGGUGGUAAUUCGGCUCUAGGGGCCAUCGUUGUCGCGCUGACGUUCGAUGCUGCUGUUAGUUCGAAAGUAGAUGGGGCUACCGAUAGUUGACAAGGAGCAUAGAAAUGUAAAUUAUGAGCUCAAGUAGGCGCAUUAUGGUGUGAGAGCUGAGAUGAAUGAGCAAGAAAAUGAAGGAUGCCUGUCA